CAUAUCUCAAAAAUCAGAACCAUGACCUCUUCCAUCCUGAUCGUCGGUGCCACCGGUAACACCGGCCGAGCGGUUACUCAAACGCUUCCAAAGUUGCUUCAAUCAAGCAGCACUCUGUCGGGAUACCGCAUCAUUGCUCUCACUCGCUCCUCGACUAGUCCGGUGGCACAAGAGCUUGCCAAACUACCCGGAGUUGAAGUGAUCGAGCAAAAUUGGGUGGAGAUUACCGUCGACUGGCUCCGCGAGCACCAAGUUGCCAGAGCGUUCAUUGCAUCCCAUAAUGAGCCUAACCAAUUCGCCGAGGAGUCGACUUUCCACCUCAAUGCUCUCAACGCUGGCGUCAAGUAUGUCGUGCGGAUCUCGACGACGGCUGCGAAUGUGCGCCCGGAUUGCCCUGCCUACUACCCACGGCAGCACUGGGCCAUUGAAGCUCUCCUCGACUCGCCCGAAUUCAACAACUUGCAAUGGACGUCUCUUCAGCCAAACAUCUUCUCGCCGCUUAUCAUGGCGUCUGCUGCGGAAUUGAUCAAGAAGUACCGCAAGACUGGAGAGCAGGAUCGCCUUCGUCUGAUGCUGUCGGAGGAUGCACCCGUCGGGCUCAUCGACCCUGACGAGGUUGGUAUCUUUGCAGCUCAUCUCUUGGCUCAAGAUGAUACUUCCGUGCACAACAAGGCCAAAUACGUUCUAAAUGGACCCGAAGAUAUCACUGGAAAGCAGAUCGUCGACAUGAUUGAGCAACACAUUGGUGUUCCCGUUACAGACGUUAGUUACAAAGAUGUCUCUUUCAUCGACAUGCUGUAUGAGUACCAAUAUGCGGCAACCAAGCAAUCCAAGAACGUCAUAUACUCGAUCAAGUGGGCCCCCGAAACAGCAUGGGAAGGGAAGUGCUCGGCUUCUACAAGCAGCAAGGAGUUCCUGGAGCUUUCUGCUCCAAAGAGGACGCCUGCUGAUGUCUUGAAGUCGCUCCUAGCAAAGUAAGGAAGUCUUAAGUUGGUAAACACCACUUUCUGGGGGUGGGGGGUAAACUACCAUCUCGCACUGGA